CCGAACCUCUGGUUUCAUACAGCGUUUGUACUCUCUUUUUCUAAAGAGUUUGCAAGGGACGUCACUCUAAUAUUAAUACAGAAAGCCGACUGAAAACCCACGUUUUACAUAAAAUACUGGCGAUUUCAUGUGAACAAACAGUGGAAAAACCUCAAAUUACAGAAUCUGAAAUUAAAAUGAUGCCUUGUAAUAUUUAGAAGAAUGUCUUUAAUGAAACCUAGAACCAACCCAUGGCUCAACUUGGAAAGAAGAUAUCCCAGAAUGCCCUUGGGAUGUUGCCAUGGAUAUUGUUGUGGUUUCUAGGAAAUGUGGAUCUCACUGAGGGGUCACUAGGCGACCGAUCCUACAUUUAUCAGAGAUGCCUUAGGUCCUGUCGGAAUGAGAAUUGUACGAAAACGGCAUCUCUCCAACACUUUCAGGAGACGCAGUCUUGGAUUGAGGGACAGUUACAAUGGAGCUGUGAAAAUGAAUGCGAGUAUCAGUGCAUGUGGAAGACUGUGGAGGCUUUCCAAAAGGACGACAUAGCUAUUCCACAGUUUCAUGGAAAGUGGCCCUUUGUGCGUGUGUUUGGUAUACAGGAGCCGGCGUCCGUCAUCUUCUCCGUAUUGAACGGCCUCUGUCAUCUCCGGAUAUUGUCCUACAGGAAGGCUGUCCCCAGAUCUACACCGCUGUACUAUGUCUGGCAUGUGGUGGCGUUUAUAGGCCUCCAUGCCUGGACCUGGUCCACUAUUUUUCAUGCCAGGGACUUCCCCUUCACAGAGAAAAUGGAUUAUUUCUGUGCUUUCUCAUUAGUGCUUGCCAAUUUAGGUUCCUUAAUAUGCAGGGUGCUCGGUACGAGGAAUGUUACUCGCCUGGCCCUCGUCCUGCUGGCCCUUCUCCUGUUUUAUCUACAACACAUCUACUACCUGGCCGCCAUCAAGUUUGACUAUGGCUACAACAUGAAGAUCAACAUCGGCGUCGGGUUUGUGAACCUAUUGGGCUGGUUGCUAUGGUGCUGGCGACACUGGAAGACCCUCCCCCACACCAGGAAGUGUCUGGCUGUCAUGGUUGGGAUGAACGUCCUCCUUCUCCUAGAGGUCCUCGACUUCCCCCCGAUAUGGUGGACGUUUGACGCCCACAGCCUGUGGCAUGCAGGGACGGUUCCACUCGGAGUUCUGUGGUACAGUUUUAUCAUUGAUGAUGGAAUAUACCUGGCUAAACAGGAAAAUUCAAAGAAACUUCCCUGAAGAUAUAUCAUACUAUAUCAUUAUUCAAUCAUAUCAGCUCAGAAAAGUGGUCCGAGAAU